CACACCAUCAUACUAAAAGUGGGAAAAGGGAGAAAAGAGGGAUGAAUAAGAACCCACAUCUCCUUAUCUUUCCUCCCUCACUUUCAUCUCCCACCCAAAUCAAACAAAAAAAUACCCUAAUGUAAUUCAUACUUAUUGACUUGUAUUAUGUUAUGUGUAUCAGUGUGUAUAAAUAUAUGCAUAAACAAAUACCCAUCCAUCCACCUCCCAUUUUCCAUUCUUCCAACGUAGCUUGUAUUGUAGUAGUAGCCUUGCUCGGCGAGCCCUCGUGGGAAGAAUCUCAAUCUCUCCUUCUCUCUGUUCCCCUGACCUGAAUCCCUCCUUCUAUUCAGCUAGCUACACCACCACCAGCUACUCUGUUCUUCUUCAGUUCUUCGAAGACGUUUCUUCCUUGUCCACCAAGCGUGAACUAGGGGCCGUUCUCCCAUACCCUUUUCCCCCAUUUCUCGCUUAAUUCAAGGACUCGUCCACGAGGUUUUCAUUUCUUCCACGGCCUUCUUUCCCCCUUGAAGCAGGGGAAGGGUACAGUUAAAGUGGGAGGGCGGGGAAGAAGAAGCUUAGCCUAGCUAAGAUCCAGUACAGUAAGCUCAUUAUCCAUGGCGAUGGCGGGCGGCGAUCAGAAGAUGCAGAAGAGCUACUUCGACGUCCUCGGCCUGUGCUGCUCGUCGGAGGUGCCACUGGUCGAGAACAUCCUCAAAUCUCUCGACGGAGUCAAGGAAGUCUCUGUUGUCGUCCCCACCAGGACCGUCAUCGUCGUCCAUGACACCUUGCUGGUUUCCCAGCUCCAGAUUGUGAAGGCGUUGAACACGGCCAGGUUGGAAGCGAACGUAAGAUUGGACGGAAGCAGUGUCGCCGGCGGUGGGAGCUACAGGAAGAAAUGGCCGAGUCCGUACGCAAUGGGGAGUGGGGCCUUGCUGUUGAUUUCGCUUCUCAAGUUUGUGUUCCCGCCGAUGAAGUGGGUCGCCGUCGCUGCCGUCGCCGUCGGGAUCCCACCUAUCCUGCUCAAAGCCAUCGCCUCCAUCAGAAACUUGAGGCUCGACGUCACCGUCCUUGUUCUCAUCGCCGUUAUAUCAACGUUGGCCAUGAAAGACUACACAGAAGCAGCCACCGUGGUAUUCCUCUUCACUAUUGCCGACUGGUUGGAGUCUAGAGCAAGCCAUAAAGCCAAUGCAGUGAUGACUUCUUUGAUGAGCAUCGCACCUCACAAGGCCACCAUAGCCGAGACAGGGGAAGAAGUUGACGUCAAUGAGGUGAAGGUGAACACGGUCGUGGCUGUCAAGGCCGGCCAGGCCAUCCCGAUAGAUGGAAUCGUGGUGGAUGGGCAGUGCGAGGUCGACGAGAAGUCGCUGACUGGAGAGUCCUUCCCGGUUCCUAAGCAGAAGGAUUCGACUGUCUGGGCUGGGACCAUCAACCUCAGUGGCUACAUCAGUGUGAAAACCACGGCCCUGGCUGAAGACUGUGUGGUGGCCAAGAUGGCGAAGCUCGUCGAAGAAGCUCAAAACAGCAAGUCCAAGACGCAGAGGUUCAUUGACCAAUGUGCUCAGUACUACACUCCAGCAAUCAUAGUGAUAUCAGCAAGUCUCGCUGUAAUUCCUCUGGCUUUGAGGGUUCAUAACAAGGAGUACUGGUUUCAUUUAGCACUUGUCGUGCUAGUGAGCGCAUGUCCAUGUGCUCUGGUCCUCUCCACGCCAGUUGCAACAUUCUGUGCACUCACAAAGGCAGCAACUGCUGGUCUCCUCAUCAAAGGAGGCGAUUACCUCGAAACCCUUGCCAAGAUUAAGGUUCUUGCGUUCGACAAGACUGGCACCAUCACGAGGGGGGACUUCGUCGUUUCAGAUUUCAGGUCUUUGAGUGAUGAUUUCAGCAUAGAGACAUUGGUUUACUGGGUGUCGAGCAUAGAGAGCAAGUCUGGUCACCCGAUGGCGGCUGCACUGGUCGAAUAUGGCAGGUCGAUUUUGGUAGAACCAAGUCCUGAAAACGUGGAUGAAUACGACAACAUUCCUGGUGAAGGCAUUCAUGGCAAGAUUGAUGGAAGAGACAUCUACAUUGGAAAUAAGAAGAUUGCUACCAGAGCUGGUUCAACAACUGUUCCAGCAGUUGAAGAUGGUGGGAAGGGAGGAAUGACAAUCGGAUAUGUCUACUGUGGAGGAACCCUCAUUGGCACAUUCAAUCUCUCUGACAGCUGUAGGACCGGGGUGAAAGAAGCAGUCAACCAGCUCAAGGCAAUGGGGAUAAGAACUGCUAUGCUUACAGGGGAUAGCCAAGGAGCAGCCAUGCAUGCUCAGCAACAGCUAGAGAAUGCUCUUGAGGAAGUCCAUGCAGAGCUUUUACCUGAAGACAAGGCAAGGAUAAUAGGAGACUUCAAGAGAAAGCGAGGGCCCACAGCAAUGGUGGGAGAUGGUGUGAACGACGCCCCUGCUUUAGCCACUGCUGAUAUCGGUAUUUCGAUGGGCAUUUCGGGUUCUGCACUUGCCACAGAAACUGGACACGUGAUUCUCAUGUCAAACGACAUCAGGAAAGUGCCGAAAGUCAUCAAGCUGGCAAGGAAAGCUCAUAGAAAGGUGAUUGAGAAUGUUGUCUUUUCAAUCUUCACAAAGGGUUCCAUCCUCGCUUUGGCAUUCGCCGGUCAUCCACUGAUCUGGGCUGCUGUUCUCGCUGAUGUUGGCACUUGUGUGAUUGUGAUUCUGAAUAGUAUGUUGCUCCUAAGAGAGAGCCACAAGCAUACUGCAAGUCAUACCCACAAGCAUAAUGCAAGUCAUUCCCACAAACAUGCUGCAUCACAUAGCCACAAAGACCAUCAUCAUAAGGAACAGAACUGCUGUUCGAAUCAAAAGACUGAAAAGGUAUGCCACUCUGAAAAGACUAAAUGCUGCGCAUCAAAGAGCCAGACUAACCUUCAUACAGCGAAAUCUUGUGAAGAUGCUAAAUGCAUGAAAUCAACAAGCUGUGGAGGUAAGAGUGCAAAAGAAGAUUUGGAGCACUGCCAUAAAGUGCAGACAGACAGUCACAACAACCAUGGGUGUUCACGAGCACACCAGCCAGCCCCAUGCACUGGCACAGGGCAUCAUCAGUCUGAAAAGGCAUGCCAUUCUCAGAAGACUCAAUGCUGUACGCCAAAGAGUCAGCCUAGCCUUCAUACAGCAAAAUCUUGUAAAGAUUCUAAGUGCUUAAAAUCGGAUGGUUGUGGAGGGAAUGAUGCAUCUAAGGAUUCUAAGCACAACCAUGGGUGUUCAAGUACUCAUGAGCCAAGCUUAAACACUUGCACACAGAAUCAUGAAAGCGAAAUUUCAGUAGAAGCACAUGGAAGCUAUCGAAGAGAAGAGAACUUGCCAGAGCAGACACACUACCAUACUGCACAUUGCCAGAUGGUCACUCAUGAUGGCAGUGAUCUCAAUGACUCUACCAGUGAUCUGGAAAAGGGAGAGGCCAUAGCCAUCCAUGGGGAUUGCCACUUCAUCCAUUGCGAUCAUGUUGAUAUUCAUAGGAGUGAUGUUCCAUUAGAGAACAAGAGCACUGCAGCAUCCAGUUGUUGUAGCACAGAAGUUGAACCUAACCCCGAUUGUUGUAAAAGCAACAUCAACCCUUCUGAGAGCUUCAGUUGCAUGCCAGUGAGUUCUUGCCAUGAUGCAAUUUCAAACAGCCAUCAUUGCAGGAACUCAGAGCAAAGGGAGAUUGACAGUUGCUGCAAGAGCUACAUGAGAGAAUGUUGCAGGAGAAAUGGGCAUUUUUCUACUGGCUUAGGUGGAGGCUUAUCUGAAAUAGUCAUAGAAUAG